GCCGUUUGCAUCCCCGUCUCCAUCCCGCGGGGACCUUCCCGGGCCCCUCGCCCCGGCCAAGGGGAUACGAUGGGGGAUAUGGGGAGAGGGGGGCUACCCGACCCUUCGCCCCUCAGCGACCCCCGCCUUCGCUUCGCCACCGCUCCGGCCACCCGGCGGGACUUCGGGGCCGUUAUUUCGGCUGCGACCCGUGCAGGGAGGGGGAACCGGCCCCGGACAGCCCCCCACCCACCCCGGGGGCCCCCUGCCGCUUCCCCUUCCCCUUCCCCUCGCUCCCGUUUCGCAACCGGCCCUUUGCAACCGGUGCCCGUCGGGGGGCAGGAUCCGGCCGGGGGGGUCCCUCCCGGCCCGUCCCGGGCGGGGCGGCCGGUGACUCACGGCCGGGACAGGCGGAAGCAGCGCCCGGUGCCCGGGGCGGAGCGGGGCGGAGCGCAGCCCGGUGCGGGGUAGCCCCGGUGCGGAGCCGCCCGGGAAGGAGCCCGGGGAGCGGGACGGACCCUCCCGGUGCGAGCCGGCCCGGUAGGGAGCUCUCCCGGUGGGGAACGGGGCGGCUCGGUGGAGGACAGCCCGGUGCAGAGUACAGGCUCUCCCGGGGCGGGGGGAAUUAGGGCAGCCCGGUGGAGACUACGGGCUCUCCCCGGGGAGGGAAUAGGGCACCGUGGCAGAGGGCAGCCCGGUGCAGAGUACAGGCUCUCCCGGUAAGGACCGCGGCAGCCCGGUGCAAGGUGAGGGCUCUCCCGGUAAGGACCGGGGCAGCCCGGUGCAAGGCGAGGGCUGUCCCGGUGCUCAGUGUAAUCCCCCAUAGCGGGUCUGGCCACCCCAGCCAUGGAGGUGCCCGGACCCACCCUGGUCACCGGGAGCUGCUGGCAGGACCCGCUGGCAGUGGCGGGCACGACAGGCCGGCCGGUGUGCGGGACCCGGGGACGGGCGGGUGGGCGGCGGGUGUUGAGCAUCGUCUGCGUGCUGGGCCGGGAGCCGGCCGCCUGCCCCACGCUGUGCAGCCUGCACGACGCCUGCCGUGACCUGCGGGCACGCCUGCACGCCCUGCCCUUUGGCACCCUGGCGCUGGGUGACACCGCCGCGCUCGACUGCUUCUACAACGCAGACGUGGCUGUGGUGGAGCUGAGCGACUCCGUCUGCCAGCCCUCCCUUUUCUACCACCUGGGCAUCCGCGAAAGCUUCAACAUGUCCCACAACAUCCUGCUGUGUGGCCAGGCCGACCUGCCCCACCUCCAGGCCCUGCAGGAGGACAUUUGCCAGAAGAACUCGGACCUCUGCAGCAGCUACACCUUCAUCCCCUAUGUGGUGACCCCCCAGAACAAGGUCGUCUGCUGCAAUGCCGGGCCUAUGAAGUGCCUGACAGAGCUUUUCCAGCCCAGCUUCGAGACCGAGAACUUCACCCCGCUGGCAGCCCGGCUCGUCCAACUGCUGGAGGGGAUCCCCACCAACUCCUGCGGGUAUUUUCGGGAGACGAUCCGGCGGGAUAUCCGGAGGGCGCGGGAGAUGUACCGAGGGGAGCAGCUGAGCCGGGAGCUGGCCCGCAUCCAGCGGCGCCUGGACAGCGUGGAGCUGCUCAGCCUGGACAUCGUGGUGAACCUCCUCCUCUCCUACCGUGACGUGCAGGACUACGAUGCCAUCAUCUCGCUGGUGGAGACCCUCCAGGCGCUGCCGACCUGCACCGUGGCUGAGCAGCACAACGUCCGCUUCCACUACGCUUUUGCCCUCAGCCGGCGUAACCGUGCCGGGGACCGGGAGAAGGCCCUGUCGGUGCUGCUGCCCGUGGUGGAGCGCGGAGAGGGGGCUGCGCCUGACCUCCUCUGCUUGUGCGGCCGCAUCUACAAGGACGUGUUCAUCGACUCCGGCCUCGCCGACACCGAGAUGAGGGACCGGGCUCUCUACUGGUACAGCAAAGCCUUCGAGGUAGAGCCGAGCCUCCCUGCAGGCAUCAAUGCUGCUGUCCUCCUCAUGGCCGCUGGGCACCAGUUCGAAACCUCCGUGCAGCUGCAGCAAAUCGGGGUGAAGCUGAGCUGCCUGCAGGGUCGCAAGGGCAGCCUGGAGGAGCUGCGCUACUACUGGGAUGUGGGAUUUUGCCUCGGAACUGGCAUCUUGGCCAACGACCUCAGCAAAGUCAUCCAAGCCUCUGAGAAGCUCUACAAGCUCAAUGCGCCGGGCUGGUACCUGGUCUCGGUCAUGGAGACCUUCCUGCUCUACAAACACUUCCACAGGAGCCCGCAGGUCCCCUCCACCCGGCAGGAGCUAGCUGAUUUUUGGCUGGGCUUCCUCCUCGAUGCGUGCCAGCCCUUCGUUGCCGCACCACGCUGCCCGGUGAGGGGCCCCACAGAGCCUGGGGUCCUGGUCCUGGAGCUCAACAAAGUCCUGCGGCCGGCCCGGCUGGCACUGCACAGUGGCACAGAGGAGCCCGCCCUGACACUUGCUCUCGUCUGCCCCACAGAGGAGAAAGCAGUAUCGAGCUGGACCUUUGCAGCCACGGCCAUCCGGGGCGUCAGCAUCUGCAAGUGUGACGAACGGGGCUGCUUCCUCUAUGUGAUGCACACGGAGGAGGAUUUCCAGCUUUACUUCCCCUCUCAGCAGCACUGCCGGUGGUUCUACGACUGGGUCCAGUCCCUCCUGGCCAAGCAGGGGGUGGGCGGCGAGGAGGUGCCCAGCCCCACGCAGCCCAUCCUGGAGUACAGCUACGAGUGCACGGAGACGGGCGAGCGGGUGGUCCUGGGCAGGGGGACAUACGGGGUCGUCUAUGCCGGGCGCUGCCUCAGCAACCAAGUGCGGAUCGCUAUCAAGGAGAUCCCAGAGCGGGACAGCCGGUACUCACAGUCCUUGCAUGAGGAGAUCGCCUUGCACAAGCACCUGCGGCACAGGAACAUCGUGCAGUACCUGGGCUCCAUCAGCCAGGAUGGCUUCAUCAAGAUCUUCAUGGAGGAGGUGCCGGGAGGCAGUCUCUCAUCCCUGCUGCGCUCCAAGUGGGGACCCCUGAAGGACAACGAACCCACCAUCGUCUUCUACACCCGCCAGAUUCUCGACGGGCUCAGCUACCUCCACGAUAACCACAUUGUGCACCGUGACAUCAAGGGAGACAACAUCCUCAUCAACACAUACAGUGGGGUGCUGAAGAUCUCUGACUUCGGCACCUCGAAGCGGCUGGCGGGCAUCAGCCCCAGCGCAGAGACCUUCACGGGCACCCUGCAGUACAUGGCCCCGGAAAUCAUUGACCAGGGGCCGUGGGGCUAUGGGAAGCCAGCGGAUAUCUGGUCCUUGGGCUGCACCAUCAUCGAGAUGGCCACAGGCAAGCCUCCCUUCUACGAGCUGGGCAGCCCCCAGGCUGCGAUGUUCAAGGUGGGCAUGUUCAAGAUGCACCCGGAGGUGCCCGAGUCCAUGUCAGACAAAGCCAAGGCGUUCAUCCUGCGCUGCUUCCAGGCCGAUCCGGCUGAGCGGGCGACAGCCACCGCGCUGCUGCAGGACCCCUUCCUCACCAGUGCCAGGAGGGCCCGGAGCCGGCCCAACCCCCCGGCGGGGAGUGAUCCCCGCAACUUUGAGCAGCUGGAUGGGGAUGUGGAGGGCAGCGAUGGGACCAGGAGAUGUUCAUCAGCCAGGCUGGACGUCCCAGUGAGGGGCACAGCGGGCAGCCCCCUGCUCCCGUGCCACCCUGGCGAGGCAGCCUCCAGCCACAGCUAUUUGAGCACUGCCCAGGACUCGGCUGGCUCCGACCACAGCCUCCGCUCAUCCUCCCCCGAGGAGAGCGGGGACGGGUUCCUCCUGCGGAAGGACAGCAAGCGCCGAGCCACACUGCACGGCAUCCUCGCCACCGAGGCGCCAGCCAUCAUCGCCGCCUUGGAGGAGAGCAAGAGCAUGGCGGAUGCGAGGCUGGGCUCGGAGCAUCUCGCCCAGCUGCUGAGCUGCCUGCGGAGCUACAUCCAGUGCCCCAGGCAGCACCAACUGUGCCAGGACCUCCUGGCACUGAGCACCCAGCUACGGGCAGAAGGGCUGAGCCUCACCCACCUCCAGGCUCCCCUCUUGGGCUUCCAGGCAGCGGUGAGGCAGGUGCUGCGCCGACAUCACAUCAAACCCCACUGGAUGUUUGCGCUGGACGACGCCAUGAGCCAGGCGGUGCAGGCGGCUUUCACUGUGCUGGCGGGAGACCUGGGACAGAAGACCAGCUGCCCUGGGGGGGACACCACUAAGGACACGAGCGACGAGGACGACCCCAUGCUGCCGAGGCUGUCCAUCCCCAGGAGCCAACCCCAGCAGGACAGCACCAAUUCAGGACUCAGCACCGGCCCCAGCACCCAGACAGACCCCCUGCCCUCUCUGCAGGCACCCUCCGCGCUGCUGGCACAGCUCUGCCACCUCCGCACGGAGACAAGAAGGCUGCUCCAGGAGCUGGCUGAGAAGGAGCAGGAGUGCCAGCGGCUGAUGCAGCAGGUGCUUCGCUCUGGGGACGAUGACAGCUCGGUCACCAGCCGGCCGCAGCACAGUGGGGAGCAUGGGGAGGCCCCCCCGGGGUGCUUCACCCUGGGGCAGGGUCACUCGCCCCCAAGCCCCCAGCCCCGCCAGGAACAGGCUGACCCCCUCCUCCUCGAGUGGCUGCAGCAGCACGGCACAGACCCGGCCACCAUGGCCACGCUCCUCUCCCACGGCUUCACCCUGAGGGACCUGCUGGGCUGUGCCACCCGUGACGACCUCUUCUACGUGGGCAUCAGCAGGCGCGGGUCAGCUUACCGCCUCUGGGCAGCCAUCCUGGAGCACCGCCGGACCCUUGCCCAGCGGGAAGGGGAGUGAGCCCUGGCCCCAGCACUGGGCCGUGUCCCCUGGGGACCCAGCCCCUGGAGCGCCGGGGCUGCCACCUCGGGAGCUGGCAGGAUGGUGGCGGAGGGGACAGCCCCAUGCCAGGAGCAGGUGACACAGUGGCUCUAGCCCCACGCUGGAGAGAGAAGGUGGGGUACGGUGCCCACAGCAAUAAACAGCC